AUGUCGAAAGGGGCCAGCACUUUCCUGCAGCAACGUUAUAUCGACGGAGCAUCUGCGUUGAUGUUAGUGAUAUCGCAAAACUUCAUUACUACGAACGAAUACAGCUGGCAUAAGAUCCGUAUGGAUCAAAGGGAUACACCCAUGGAGAAGUUGACUGCAACGGAUAAUAUUGAGUCCACUGUUUAUGGUCGUGAUGCCGAGAGUCUUAUUAGUACGAUGAUCGAGGGCGGAUAUGACCCAAAUCUACAAGAUGAG